GUGACCUCUCUCACUUCCUCUCGCAGCCUGGAGUAGUCUCGACCGGGCUGUCAAAGCGCGAGCGAUCUGGCGGAACCAAACGGCGGCUCGUCGCUGUGUUUACACCCGGGCGCCGAACUCCCACAACACCGCAGGGUCGCGACAACCUCCCCGGGGGCGGGGAUGAGCGGGGACAUGGACGAGCAACGCGGGCCGGUGCUGCACAUCGUGGUGGUCGGCUUCCACCAUAAGAAAGGCUGCCAGGUGGAGUUUUCCUACCCGCCGCUGAUGCCGCACGAAGGUCACGACAGCAACACGCUGCCCGAGGAGUGGAAGUACCUUCCUUUCCUGGCUCUUCCAGACGGAGCUCACAACUACCAGGAAGACACGGUCUACUUCCACCUGCCCCCCCGAGGCGGAGACGGCAAGUGCGUCUACGGCGUGUCCUGCUACCGGCAGAUUGAGGCGAAGGCUCUGAAGGUGCGACAGGCGGACGUCACGCGGGAGACGGUGCAGAAGAGCGUCUGCGUGCUGAGCCGUGUGCCUCUCUACGGUCUCCUCCAAGCCAAGCUGCAGCUCAUCACACACGCCUACUUCGAGGAGAAAGACUUCUCCCAGAUCUCCAUCCUGAAGGACCUGUACGAGCACAUGAACGGCUCCCUCAGGGGUUCGGCUCUGGAAGGCUCCCAGGUGUUCCUCGGUUUGUCCCCGCGAGACCUCAUCCUGCACUUUAGACACAAGGUCCUCAUCCUCUUCAAGCUCAUCCUGCUGGAGAAGAAGGUGCUCUUCUACCUGUCCCCCGUCAGCAGGCUGGUGGGAACGCUGAUGACCGUCCUGUCCCUGUUCCCAGGUGUGAUCGAGCACGGCCUGGUGGACUCGUCUCACUACAGACCCAAGAGCAGCACGUCCGAGGACCUGCUGGACAGCGUCCCCGGGGCCGAGGGCUUCGUCUCCGUGUCGGCCAGCGACGUCCCGCCGCCGUCUUCGCCCUCCAGGGGCGGCGCCGGCGACGACAACAACCACCUGAAGCCGCCGUCCCGCACGUCCCCGGAGUCCUCCGAGAGCGACUGGGAGACCCUGGACCCCGGCGUGUUGGAGGAAGGGCCCAAGGACGAGGGGAAGGAGGCGGCGCCGGACGCCUUCGAGUCCAAGCCGACCACGCCCAUCACGGCGCAGCCCAUCGGCGGGCAGGGAGGGGUGACGCAGGGGCUGGUGUCGGGUCUGGAGGAGGACCAGUACGGACUGCCGCUCGCCAUUUUCACCAAAGGUUACUUGUGUCUGCCCUACAUGGCGCUGCAGCAGCACCACCUCCUGCUGGACGUGGCGGUGCGCGGCUUCGUUGCCGGGGCGACCAACAUCCUCUUCCGCCAGCAGAGGCACCUCAGCGACGCCGUCAUCGAGGUGGAGGAUGCGGCGGUCAACAUCCAGGACGCCGAGCUGCGCAAGACCCUCAGCCUGACCACGGCAGACCUGCGCUUCGCCGACUACCUGGUCAAGCACGUGAUGGAGAACCGCGACGACGUCUUCCUGGACGGCACAGGCUGGGAGGGCGGGGACGAGUGGAUCCGGGCGCAGUUCACGCUCUACAUCCACGCCCUGCUGGCGUCCUCCCUGCAGCAAGAUAACGAGAGGCUGCUGGCGGAUUACGGCGCUCCCUUCAUCACCGCCUGGAAGAUCACACACAACUACCGCCUGUGGCACAGCAACGCGCACCCCGCCAUGGCCGCCGUCACCCCGGGACAUCCCUUCCAGGGACAGUACAGCGUGGCCGAUGUCAAACUUCGACUGUCGCACUCGGUGAACAGCAGCGAGCGAGGGAAGAAGCUGGGGAACGCCAUGAUGACCACCAGCAGGAGCGUGGUGCAGACCAGCAAGGCCGUGGGUCAGUCGGUGGGCGGAGCCUUGACCAGCGCCAAGUCGGCCAUGUCCUCCUGGUUCUCCACCCUGGCCCAGCCCGCCGCCGGGUCCCGGCCGGGCGAGCCCGAGCUCGAGCCCGCCGCGGAAGUCAAACCCUGACCAUGUCCUGCUUCCUCCUUGGCUGUAAGUGGGCGGAGCUAGCGCAAAGCCAACGUCAUGAAGGGCGGGGCAAAAGUUGGUUCCCUCCUCACACACACACACACACACACACCAAGCUGGUCCACCUCCUGACAGGAAGGUGGCGCCGACGAGUACUUCCUGUAAGACACUGAAGAUGCUGUAGUGUUCACAACCCCGGUGAGCCUCUGUCACAACAUUGUGGUUACCGUGGUAACAGCGCAAACACAAAAGCGUUCUCUUCACUGCGGUUAAAAACUAUUCAUCCAAAAACAUUGUCAAGAUAAAGCAGCAGAAAACAUCGGUAGAGCGGCCGUGCCAUCAACCUGAGGGUUCCAGGUUCGAUCCCCGCUUCCGCCAUCCUAGUCACUGCCGUUGUGUCCUUGGGCAAGACACUUUACCCACCUGCUACCAGUGCCACCCACACUGCUUUAAAUGUAACUUAGAUAAUGGGUGUCACUAUGUAAAAGUGCUUUGAGUCACUAGAGAAAAGCGCUAUAUAAAUAUAAUUCACUUCACAUUUUAAAAGAUAUUAUAUUUGGAAACUCAGUUUAAACAUUAGCUUAAAUUAGCACAGUGCUUCCCAAAUAG